AUGUCUAGCAAAAGACAUUCCAUUCUUCCCGCUAUCGAUCGCAGUGGUCCUAGGCCUCCCGUCCAUUUCUCAGACUCCCUGACCAUCUCCGAGAAUGCGAUUCUCCAAGGAACACACUCGAUCACGAUACAAUCAGAAACAGUAGUACACCCUCGGUCAAAGUUUGAGUCAAACUCCGGAUCUAUUUUGAUCGGGCGACGAUGUCUCAUUCACGAACGAACACACCUGGGAACUCGCCCUGUUGACCCUAAUACUGCGCAACGUGGUGGCGUCGUGCUGGCAGACUUUGUUACAAUUGAGGCAGGCAGUGUUAUUGAAGCUGGCAAUACCGAGAUCGGCGAGGGUACGGUGGUUCACGCUGGGUCAACUAUCGGGAGUGGUGCUAGGAUUGGCAAGAUGACGAAGAUUUCCCCUGGAACAGUACUGCCCGACAAUACUGUAGUCUUCUCGAACGGGACCAGACGAAUCGAUCGACGUAACCUUGGUGAUCAAAGGAAGAUUGCCUUGAUGAAACAGCUCGCCGUCCUACGAAAAAUGAUACCCAGUAACGCCGAUAAAUUUAAAUAA